GAUCUCAAAGAAUAACAUUCAAUUCAUAUUCAUAUAGCUCCAAAUACUUGCCAUGGCUGUGCCAUCUGAUUCUAACACCUCAAACUCCUCAUUUUUGCAUCAAUUCCUCCAAGAAAGUUGCUACCCUGAAGAGCUAAGAGACUCCAUCAUUUCACUACCCAAAGAGGAAGGUUGGCUCACUCCGCAUAUGUAUAACUACAGAGGGUUUUGGUUUGAUUCUAAGUUCUUGUACGGUGCUCUUAGAUCCCAACAACAAUUCCAGGCUCAACAUUCUGAUAUUAUACUAUCUACCCUCCCUAAAUGUGGCACCACUUGGUUGAAAGCUCUUGUAUUUGCUUUGACCACUCGAAAACAAUUCCCAGUAUCACAACAAACCCACCCUUUACUCACAACAAGUCCUCAGGACUUGAUACUCAACUUGGAAUUUUUUUAUGCAAGAGAAAACAGCCCCCCUAAUUUCCCCACUAUGAAUAAUAAUGGGGUGAUGAGGCUAAUCUCUACGCAUUUACCACUAGAAUUGUUACCGAAAUCGGUAGGGGAAUCGAAAUGCAAGCUCAUUUAUGUGUGCAGAAACCCAAAGGACACGUUUGUGUCAUUUUGGCACUUCAUGAAUAAGAUGAGGGGUGAGCUUGUAGGCCUGGGAGAAAUACCGUUUCCAGAGGCAUUUGACAAAUACUGCAGGGGAGCAAGUCACUAUGGGCCUUUCUGGGAUCAUAUGUUGGGAUACUGGAUGGAGAGCUUGGAGAAUCCUAGUAAAGUGUUGUUCUUGAAGUACGAGGAGAUGAAGAAAGAGCCGGAUGCUCAUUUGAGGCGAAUGGCGGCGUUCUUGGAGUGUCCAUUUUCUGAGGAAGAAGAAGAGGGUGGUGUAGUAGGUGGAAUCUCGAGGCUUUGCAGCUUUGAAAGCUUGAGCAACUUGGAAGUUAACAAGACUGGUAAAGGCUUACUUUUUGGUAAUUCCAAUAAUGCGUAUUUCAGGAAAGGUAAGGUUGGAGAUUGGAGGAACCAUCUAACAGAUGAAAUGGCCACUAAACUUGAUCAAAUUGUUGAAGAAAAGUUCAAAGGGACUGGGCUCAAGUUCAAUUCUGAUUAUUAAGUCUCUCAUUGUGCUGAAAUUUCUCUUAUUACUAUUUUAGCAAUUCUGAAAUAAUUGGUAAUAUAAUAAUAUAGCUAUAAGCUAGCUCAUAAGAACCACUAUUGUAUGUGUGUAAUGUGUUUAUAUCAUAUUAUGUAGUUCAAUUGUUCAAAAUAUCAUAUCUACUCUAAUUAAUAUGUAU